CGUCGUUCGGCUGCUCGCGCUCAGCCUCUGCAGAGAUCAGUUCGCUGGCGGACUUCGCUAGUGACGGUUGGUCCGCUUGGUUCCCGACGUUGUAGGCGUCCAGAAGGAAGUCGUGUGCGCGCGUGCGAAGCUGCGCCUUCCUUCACUCUUCGCUGGAUGAGCCCGGCUUUUCUCGGUCGUCUCCUGCCAGUGUUGACCGGCCGUUUUCGUCUGCUACCUUCCUUCCAUAUUCCUGUGGCCACAGGCUCGUGCGUGAAGUUGUGCUGCCGUGCUUCUUUCGCCGGGUGGCCCACGCGAGUCGUUGUUUUGUUCCGUUGCGGAAGAAACAGCCCGCGGCUAGUGCUUUAUCAUUGCAACCCAAGGAGGGAGGCGUUGACGGAAGCAUCGAGGAAACGACCAAGUGCGCGGAUUCAUCAUCGCCCCGUGUGGGAUGCCUCGCAUGAGGCAGCCUCCAUCACUACCUGUGGUGAGCCAAUGAGCGCGACAACACAGGCAGGCAUCGGGCUGUCGUCGCCGCGCUGACAGCGGAGCGAAGUCCAUGGGCAACCCCGAUGAGGCGUCGGCGUCGUCGGCGAGCAGCCCCGCGGUGGGCGUUCCGACGACCGAGCCGUCGCCCCUGCGGCCCGAAGUGUUUCACAUCUCCGGCACGAGGCUGUCGUCCGAACCGGCCGCCGGAGCCCUGCAGCUGCCGUCCACUCCGCCGCCCAACGCCCAGAGGCAGGCUUCGCUCGAGAACGGCUCCCUGGCCACCGAGAGCUCGUUCGUCACCGACCGCAGCGACUCGACCAGCGUGCAAGAGACGUCUAGGCCACAGGAGCGAGCUGCGACGGGUGGCGCCAACGAUGCCGCGGGGUCCCCGGCCACCGCGGACGACGAAAGCCGACGCGCCGCGCACGGACUCUGGUCUCACGACCUGUUCUCCGUCUUCGCGUCCUUCUUCAGCAUCUUCGGACUCUUUAACGUCACCAGGUUCUCUCUGCUGGUGUAUAUUUAUAAAGCGUGCUUCAUGCUACAGUUUAUCGUGCUGUCGGCGGUGUUCGGCGUUCCCUUCUUGUACCUGCAGAUGUCUCUGGGCCAGUAUUUGGGCAGCGGCAUCCUCGACAUGUGGUACAUAUCGCCCGCUUUCAAAGGGGUGGGCCUGGCCCUGAUGAUGGUCUACAUGGUGUGCGGCGUUUACCUGGCCGUGCCUGUGUCGUGGAUCUUCUUCUACUUCCGCGACUCCUUCAUCAAAGCGAGGGACGCCUAUCGGUGGUCCAUCUGCCAGGCACGGUUCGCUUCCGCAGGCUGCUACAAGAACAAUUCGUCAUCUCCCGAGUUCUUGGGCUGGACCACUGCCUCCUAUUUUCAUGGCCGGGUGCUGGACCGGAGGGCGGUGCCUCAAGCAAACGGUAUCGGGGACCUCAAGUUCGAGCUGGCCUUCAACCUGGGCAUCAUCUGGCUGCUCGUGUUCAUCGCCCUCAGUCGGGGACUCAAGUCCUUCGGCAAGAUCCUGGCCAUCCUUGGCAUUCUGUCCCUGUGCCUGCUGGUGUUCAUCACUAUCCGCAUGACCGAACAAUGGGGUGGCGGCAUUGCGGAUCUCUUCAAGGCCGACUGGAAGGGCGUCCUGUCAGACACAAACUCAUGGGUGGUUGCAGCCCGUGAAGUCUUCAUCACGUGGGGGCUGUUCGGAGCCCUGGCGCUCCACGUGAACAGUCGCAACAAGUUUUCGAGCAAUGUUACAAGGAACAUGAUCUGCGUGUCGGUGCUCGUGUGCACUGUUCUCGUGCUGGUCGCAAUGCUGUUCGCCAGCGUGGCGCAUCUCUUGCGCAUGCACGGCAUGAUUCUAGUCAGCUCGUCGUUCGAGGAAGAGUCUACGGUGAGGUUCCUGCAGUCAGUGAACGGAUCGUGGCCUCCGCUGGACCAGUCGGUGCCGGUCAAUCUGCUGGCCGGCGUGCUGCUGCAGGGCCCGCGCAAGCACAACCUGCUCAGCGGCUACCAGGUGGCACGCUUCGCCGUCGAGGUGUUUCCGGCCGCACUGUCCGCCGAGGGAGGCCGGAGCAUCUCGCCCUUUUGGCCCAUCUGCUUCUUCGUCAUGCUUGCCUCGCUGGGCCUCGGACACCAGAUAUGCAUCUGGAACUGCAUCGUAGAUGCUGUGGUUUACACCCGACCAAAGUUUUUCACAAAAUGGCGGACAAUAGUCACCUUCAUUACCUGCACAGUCGGGUUUCUUCUGGGGCUCUUUUUCGCCACCGAUGCAACUUUGCAUCUUAUGCUUUUCUUGGACGUGUGGCUGGGAUCGCUUUGGUGGAUUGUCGCUCUCUAUUUCAUCAUGCUCAUAGUCGUGCUAUUUAUACAAGGUAAGCCUUUUGGGACUGACAAGCUAGUCAAAAUGAUAGUGCAAAAAGAAAGGUCCAAGUCUCUCUACCUGCCACUGCUGACUUUCCACUGGAAUGUCCUUCUACCAAUAGCAUUUUUGAUGCUAUCUAUCGCGUUCAUGCGAUCUGGCCACUUGGCCAUGUUCUCACCGGAGUCGCUGUCGUUAUUCUACCACUACUGGUCACCUUGGGUUGGCUCUUUCUGCGUGCUCCUGCAAACGCUGCCACUUCUGGGUGUCGCCUUAGUGGCCGUCAUCGAAGGGCUCAAGAUUGUCGUCUUCAGCAAAAACCAGGUUCAAAUGCACGAGCGUAUCGAGUCCUGGUGCUGCCCAACAUUCAUCACAAUAGCUCCAGCAACAGAGGCACCACCUGCAGCCCCAGAGCCUUCCCAGGGAGUCUCCAACGUAGCAUUCGAAGAAGACGUGCCCCCGAAAUACUCGCCACCUCCUUCUUACUCAACUGCCACGGCACGUAUGAUCCUCAAGGAGUUGCACAAGUGCCAACAACAGCCUACAACAACAAGCACUGGUCGCGGCUCACUGUUGAAUUGCGACAAGAUUCGGCUGAGUUUCUCAGAUCUGCGAUUUAACUUGACAUCUCGAAGCCCACCGCGGGAAGACUCCUCGGAUGCGUGAAAAAAAGAUGGCAACGUUUGAGCUCUUCACCUAUAUGUGUUGCGGCUCGUUAGCAAGGAAAAAAGAAGAGGUGCGUAAAAAUAAGUGGUUCGAAAUUGCACACGGAGCAAUAAUUGCCCGGGCGUUGUCCAGUGCUACUUGCGCCACCUCGAACAGGGUGCGACUGAACGUUUACGAUAGGUUGAUUCAGCACAUGUGCAUAGCACUGUAAGCACAUGGCGCAAAGUGGCCAGUACUGUGACUGCACGGCUUCGCUUGACCGCUGCCCUGGUCCAGUAUAUUGAUCUCUUCAAGGCGACUUAUGCCUGAAAGCGCUUGGGGACAUUAGAGGCAGGCGAUUUUUGUACUAGACAAUGCAGGGUCCAAUGCAGUGACAAGCAGUCAAGGCCCUCUGGUUAUAGCUUUAUUAACUCUGAGACGAGACUCGGAUGAAGAGAACGUGACAACAGGAGAAAGAGUAGGGAAUGGUGGUUCCACAUCACCCGUCCUUACAUGAUUCUUUCUAAAGAAUCCUCGCGAGUACAUAAACUCUUCUUGAGUUAGAAUAGGUAAGGAUAUCGGAACACCAUUUUGUAGAUUCUAUGGCACCUUUGGUGGUGUUUGUUUUGUGUGGUUUGCUUAUUUCCAGUGCUCUACAAUCUUGUAAAAUGCUGAAUGAUUCUUGGGCUGUGACUCGAAAUGUGCGGCUGAGCCAUCUUUUCUUUCUCUUUAUUUUCACCUUGCAAGGAAUUAUUCAUGACGGGGCAUUCUGAGUAAGCACAUCACAUGCCAUUGAGGCAGAUUGUUAAACAAUGAAGAGGUGGAGCAGCCAUUUGAAUUGGAAAGAAAACAAAUACCUAGUGUAACAUUCAUUACGAAUUGACGUAGAAAACACUGCAUAAGCAGCACACAAAGGCAUGCGCACAAUUUCGGGCGAAAAGCGUGGUGCAAAGUCUGCCCCAUACAUUGACUUCAUAGUGGAGGGGUGCUACAGUAAGCCUUUGCUUCUCCUGCAAGGAAGCCUUGCACAUGCCUAUGGCCCACAGUGAUAAUUCAGCAUCAUAAUUUGCAUUCAUUGUGCUGAAGUAAAGCCUAUUUACACCCAUGUUGUAUGUACACUGGAAUGAACACGUGGUAUGGUGGACCAUAAAAAAAGAACCUCGGGACACAUCAAUUAUUCACUUCUAUUAAAAAAUAGCAAAGGUAGGGAAACCGCCAUCAUCAUCAUAAUGUCCCCAGCAGUCGUGAAAUCAUGUUACUACUCGACUGGUAUAAACACUGUUAAUAAUGUCAGUCAUUUAGGGUUUAUUUUGUAGCUUACUACAAAUGAUCUACAUGAUUCAAGGACCAACUUAUAUCAGCAGCACUACUUAGGAAUAGGGGAUGAAAUUUGAGUAAAUUUAACGUCAAGGAUUCUGUAGUUUGUCUCUGAUUUAUUCCUUCAUCCCUAAUUGUUCGUUAGUGGCUGUUGUUAAGGAUAAUGAAUGUGGAGCGCUGCUAAGACUACUGAUUAAGCAUGAUAAAAGAGUGCUGGAGUAGAAUAGCUAAAUAAACCUGUCCUUUCGUAUUGUGCUGGAACACUUUUAAUGGACCCGAAAGCUGGAAUGCUAUGCACAGUCUGAUCGUUGUUGCUCUGAUCAUGCAGAUACCCUCUGAGGAAUGGCAGAUAGCUUUGCUUUGAAGAAUAUUGUGUAUUACUUCAAAUAAUAUGCAUGGCUGGGAAGAAUUGCCACUAAUGGAGCGUUACCCUUGUACCAAUCAUUUUAGCUACGGUUGAAAACAAUGAUCUUUCAAGUGUACUCAGGGGCUGUGUUCUGAGAAUUCCUUAUAAAUUUAUAUUCUAUCGAAAUAUACAUUGCAAGAUUAUUCUUCACUUGCUUUGUUAUGACCUAUAUUUCAUUAUAUCAGGGUUCGUUAUAUUGAGAUUUGAGCCUAUCGCAUGGAAAAGCUCUAGACACAUACAGGACAGUUCAGUUCAUCUUUGUCAAAUUAUGUAGGUGAAUUGGUAGGGCUGAAUUCCAGCAAUUGAGACAAGCAAUGCAGAGCUUCGAGCAUGUCGGCUCGUUUUCCACUGAUUCAACUGCAUGCAUCUUUUCUCGGUGUGCUCUUGCUUCAAAAAUAGCUUGACACGUAGGCGCCCAUUGCACCCAGAAAAAGAAAGGCUAACUGUACCAUAUAUAAAGCACACAUUUGUGAUAAUGCACUGCUUUGACAGUGGUUGACCACGUGGAUAUUUUUCCACCUCCUUUUACGUACAAUCAACUUGGCACCAUUCUCAACGUGGAACCCAGAGCACUUCUUUCAAACACUUUUGUACACUUCGUGGCAGUAAAGAAAGCUCUUCAUUGCUAAUUGUUUCCAAUGACGCAGUUGUUUUGCACAUAAAUUCUGCAUAUAAUACAGAAGGACGCUUUUGAGACAAACUCAGCUACACUUCUAUGUAAGCUGGACAGUUUAUAAGAGAACCUCAUCCCUAUCCACGCAAAUCCUCUUUUCAGCACUGAGAUUUUCCGAGUGCCCCAGUUGUUUCUCUACGGGCACUUCUCAUGUAAAUGGAGUGAAUUAGACAACAUGUACACAUGCUUGCUUGUUGGUUGUUUGGCUCAUUUUUGCCAUUGAUUCAUUGUAUACAGCUUAUAAUUUCCCUUUAAUGGCUAGGUAGCCCCAGUGCUUGAAAGCGUACGUGUGGAUGUGUUUACCUGUAUACAACAGCCUUACGCCUUGCCUACAGAGAUGGAUGUGAUAUUCGAAGUUUUGCGAACAGGACCAGCGUUAGUAGUGUGCAGUGAAGGGCCCACCGCACUUGAGGACCAGAUGUACUUUUGCAAGCUCCUGCCUAAGUGCAGAUGUUUAAGACCUUGCGUAGCACAGCAACCUUCCACCCUUUCAGUGUACUUCAUAAUAAAUAGAAUUAGCUCACAGAACGUUGAGUGAAACCUGUUCCAACAUCGCAUGCGACUUGUAUGUGGGACAAAAGUGCCGGUGAUGACAUAUCUGUUCAUUCUGACAGUUCUACUUCUGAAGCUUUGUCUGCUGUGGGCAAAAUCGUUUAGCUUCUGUACAACUUUGAAGGCAUCAUUGCGCUGCUUCUCUUGUCAUCAAUAAUUGUUUAAGAGUUGUGGGCUGAAGUGUUAUAAUAUACAGAAUCCUCUGCAUUUAAUGUGAGCACCUCUUUACUAUUCAAGGCCUCACAAAAGCAGAUGUUUUAUGCAAAAUUGGGAAAAUUAUUACUGUGCCUAUUCACUCCCUGAUUACAUGUCAUAAAACAAACAUUUUUCUUGUGAAGUAAGUGAGACAUUCCAGUUUUACUGGCUGGAAUACUGAGCAGGUGUUCACGUUAAAUAUGGUUGACUCUGUACAUAAACUGGUUAAUUGGUUCAACUCGUUCUGGCACACCUGGCUGGGCACCUUCAAUAUGAAACCAAACUACGGCACAACAGCUCUUGCAAAACAAGAAAACAAAACUACAAUGUAAUAUUAUUCAAUGUCUGUACCGCAAUGUUCAGAAAUGAGUACAAAGCGAAAGUGCUGCGCUCGGCUUUUCUACUGCCACAUAUACCACUGCUUCGCCUUCAAUUCAAGCACCAAUUUUUACAUGCACAGUUCAGGGUUGUUCCAAACGAACCUUUGCAUGCACAAGUUCUAUGCACACGAGACCACUUUUGCGAGCACCUGAUGCUUCUCCCAACCCGGAUGUCCCUUCGCUUCUAUGCCAUGGGUGUGGCAUCUAAGCAGCUGUCGAUAUUUAUCCAACUUCAAUGCUUUUUCUCUCAGGGCAGAAUGUGCUGAACAAAUUUAGGUUUCUUUGCACAAGUUUGUGUGAAGAAAGAGCAGCUUGUUUGUAUAAUGUUGCUCUAAAUGUGUGUAUAAAAAACAUUAGGUGUUUUCUUUAUGCUGCCUGAUUUUAGGCAGUGUUGUGGUUGCUUUUGUUGAGUUUGAGUGAUAUUUAGCGUGUUGAAAAAAAAUUGUGCAUAUUUCUGGUGCUUCGCAUAAUGCCAGAAGCAGCCUGAAGCUUUCAUUUUCGAGUGUGUGAUUGUAAAUAAGUGUACAUACACCGAAGAAAAAUACUUUAAUGCAAUGAAGUGGGGGAAGUGUGCUCGAUGCUGCACUUGAUCUAGAACUUGCAUUGACAAUGUCGCUGCAAAACGAAGGAAAAGAACAAAGUGCAGUUUGCUGUGAACAAGGUUAUUUUAUUCAUGGUGUAGUAGCACAUGCAUUGACUUAUUUUCCAAUCGUGCGAUGCAAGCAUUGCAAGCUUAGCUGUUGGAGUCUAUGUGACUGCUUUGUUGGUUGUGAAGUGAAUGCCGCAUCCAUGAUUUCUUUGUGUGUAAAUAAAGGCAUACAAAUUUUAAAUAUUAGCCAUGGGUGAGAACAAUCAUUGCAAUGUAAUGUGCGUGAAGCUAAUAAAAUGCAAUGCAGUGUGAAAUACUGUGUUGUGAAAACUUAAA